CGGCCAAGUAACUUCCAAAAAUAAUAAUAUUUAUAUAUUUUUUUUACCAUAUCUACGAUGAAUUGCGUGAUGUGCGAUGUGGUGACCAUAUCGCCCUAUUCCCAGGAGGGUUCCUUUAGCGUUUGCGUCUGCACCAGAGAGCAUUACCAAUGUCUUUGCUGUGACGAGGAUUUGAGGAGCCGAUGUGGUAUUUGUGCUGAGAAGACCCGCUUGAUCUACGUCGACUUGAGAUUCGCCACCGAGGAAACUGAAGUGGCCAGCACGAGCAACUCCUCUCCAGCUUCCGAUUUGGAAUAUUCGAACCUUGAAACGGGAAGAACCUUCAACACCCUUACGCUGAGUAAGAACUCUAACAAAUGGAACAAUCAUUGCGACCAAUCAACUUAUAGAAGCCGUCGAUCCAAAUCGGUGGUCACUGUGGAAUGCCAAACCGAUUCGGCUCAAAUGCGGAGUAACUCAGUGGGAAGAGCUAGACAGUGGCAUCCAGAAUUUCCCCAGGCCGAAACAUAUCUAAAGUCAGAGGAGGAUCAUUAUGAAGAGCCAGGGCCACGUAUGAAAAGACUCCUUCAGGAAGAGUCCAACAAGAAUGAUUUUCUGAAGAGCCCUUUGAAAUAUAUAAAUAAUUUGGAACAAAUGCUUUUAAAAAUAGAUAAGCAAAUCAAAGAAAUUAAUUAUGCAGAAUGGAACAAUACUAGAAAAGCUGCAGAUACUGAAGUUCAGAGCUCUAAAGAGUCAAACAGAAGUACUUAUAACGACUUGGAACAAUCGAAACCUGAAGAGUUACAAACUUGUAAGGAAGAUAAUUUAGAGGAAGAUAGUUUAGAGGAAGAUAAUUCAGAGGAAGUUAUAUCAGUAUGCCAUACCGCCACAAAUGAGAACGUUUGUCUUAAUAGAUUAGAAAACUCCAAUAAGAAGACAACUGUGAAGUAUUUAGAUGAAUACACGGCUGAAGAACAGCGUUUACUUAUAGGAUAUCCCUAUAAAAUAAGGAGUUCGGAAAGUUCGGAAUACUCAGCUGUUUCAACGGAUAAUACCAGCGAAAAGGAAGCAGAAUACCCGGAAGAAAUCACACCUUCAUCAAGAUUCUCACAGAAUACCCAUGUAAGGCCCAGAGUUAAUGAAAUUCAGCCGAAUACAACGGAAAAUAAAGGUGUAGUUCUGCGUUUUCCGAGUCAAAAGGAGGGACCAACCCUAUAUUACAGAGAUAAUCCUGAUACGAGGAGAAGUUGCGAUGAUAAGCAGAACACCAAACAAGUUCCAACACCCAAGGAUCCAAGAUCACAUCAAGCAGAAGCACAUCAUCAAACAGAAGACAAAGAUAUAGGUAACUUUGUGUAUUUCACCGCCGAACAGAAAGAUCCAGCAUAUGGAAGUUUGACCCUAUCGAAACCUCUGGAAUUACUCACCUCGGAGCCCCGAAAACUGAAUCCAAGUGUCCUGGGAAAUCAGAUUUCGCUGGUGCGACGUGCUCGAUUCGCUGGCCAAAAUCCAUUAUCGUGGCACUCCGAAAAGGUGCCGUGUCCGAAGAAUUUCGUCACCGAUCUCGUGGCCUCCAAAAUGGAAAUAGGCAAAGUGGUGCUACCAGUCGUCAUGAACACAACCGAUCCAUUGACUAAGUGCCCAGAUCCAAGUUGCAGGGAAGUUCUCUAUUUGUGGAGUAUCAACAAUCACUUGGUGUCUUAUCAUCGCAAUUGGCUCGUGGAUGUUUUGGAGUUGAAUCAACCGAGGACCUUCUACUUCGAUUUGGUUAAAACGAACCGUAAGAUGAGAUGCCAUGCUGUUUUGCAACUGCGGAAUGUGAUCGAGAGCCAGGGAUUCGUGGAGCAACAGAAUCUUUUGCCUGUCAUGAUAAUGAGUAUGCAGGUUCCCAUGAAGGACAUUGGGGAAAAUGGCGGACUGGAUCAGCGAUUGACCCUCGUCUGGGCCUCCACUCUCCUCUCGGAUUCUCUGCCCCUGAAGAUCAACCUCACUUUGUGGCCCAAGGCCGGGAAUUCCCCCGAGAGCAUCGUGUCCUUCACAGGAAGUCCUUACGAUUUUCGGCAGUCCUGGCGCCCCAUCAAGUUGAUCAAAAGUGGCAGAGUUAUUAUUUUGACUGACGAGCAAGUGGAUAAUUUAACCUACAAUGGAAAGGAUUUGGUGGGCAUUCAGUUUUUUACCAUGAUGGGAGUUCCCAAAGCAGAUGUUAAUGAUCCCAAGCCAUCGAACUCUGAUUAAGAAGUCCAGAGAACCAGUACAACAACGCAAAUUUUUAUGUUUAUACUGCUGAGUACUUUACCAUCAUUGGUUACAAGUAUUUUGUACAGAAGCUAGUGGAAAUUAAAUGUUACAACUUUCUUUCAAUCU